CGUUCCUGGGCGCCAGUAGCCUCGCGGCCUGGCUCUUCUGAUUGGCUGUUGCUAGGUGACGCCGCAUGCGCUCACGUGACGAGUAUUAAAUGCCCACCCUGUAGGAGCCCGCCCCGCAGACAAUCCUAAAGCCGCUCCAGGCUGCUCACCUGCUCCCACCUCCUGGAGCCCUGGCAAGGCCCCGCUAUCUCUACCCACUCCACUGCCUACCCCCAGCCUGAGCCCGCGCUGGGCAAGGAGCUGAGCGGCCCUAGAGGCGGAAGAGAGGAUGCAGCCGGAUACUGCUGUCCCGAGCAGUGCACGGUGAUCGCCUCCCCCGGAGGAGGAGUUGCCUAGACCGUUGCUACAUUUCUUGUUUUCCUCCCCCCUCCCCCCUGUAAUUACAUUGGCUGCUGGCGGGGACGGGGAGAGACGGAGGAGGCGCCUCCCUACCCCCUCGCGCCCGCUACCCCUGCUCUUUCCCAUCCCGGGCCAGGAUGACUGGAGUCUUUGACAGUCUGGUAGCUGAUAUGCACUCGACCCAGAUUACGGCCUCCACUACGUACCACCAGCACCAGCAGCCCCCGAGCGGCGGCGGCGCUGGCCCCGGCGGCAGCAACAGCAGCAGCCUCCACAAGCCCCAGGAGUCGCCCACCCUGCCGGUGUCCACAGCUACCGACAGCAGCUACUAUACCAACCAGCAGCACCCGGCGGGCGGCGGCGGCAGUGGGGGCUCGCCCUACGCGCACAUGGGUUCCUACCAGUACCACGCCAGCGGCCUCAACAACGUCCCUUAUUCCGCCAAGAGCGGCUACGACCUGGGUUACACCGCCGCCUACACCUCCUACGCGCCCUACGGGACCAGUUCGUCCCCAGCAAACAACGAACCUGAGAAAGAGGACGUCGAGCCUGAAAUCCGGAUAGUAAACGGGAAGCCAAAGAAAGUCCGGAAACCCCGAACCAUCUACUCCAGUUUCCAGCUGGCGGCUCUUCAGCGGCGUUUCCAAAAGACUCAAUACCUGGCACUGCCCGAGCGAGCCGAACUGGCGGCGUCUCUGGGCCUCACACAGACCCAGGUCAAAAUCUGGUUCCAGAACCGCCGAUCCAAGUUCAAGAAGAUGUGGAAGAGCGGUGAGAUCCCUUCGGAGCAUUUCCUGGGCAACUACCCGUGGUACCACCAGGCCUCGGGCUCCGGCUCGCACCUGCAGGCCCCGGCGCCACUGCUGCACCCGACGCAGACCCAGCAGCCACACCACCACCACCAUCACCACCACGGCAGCGGGGGCGCCCCGGUGAGCGCGGGGACGAUUUUCUAACCCCUGGAGACUGCGCCAGAGACUGAGAGAGCAGAGACCAGUUAGCCUCAGUGCUCACUCCCAGAGCCAGAGGGUUCCUCCUGCUGGCCCCGAAGAUGCCACCCGCCGCUCCCGGAGGUGGCGUCCCAAGAUGGCCUACCCCAGGCCCUGCUCCCUCGCGCGGCCACCGCGCAGACAGGGACUGGGAGGCGUCUUCUCGUCCCACGGGUUCCUCUCGGAGGAACCCGGCCUCCACGUGGCGAAGGACGCCUGCCACAGACGCCUUUCCGACCUGAGUCCCGCCUCAGACUUGCCUCGCCUCCCCUCCCCUCCCCGCCCCGCCCGGCGAGGCAGUCCGGCGCCUUUUUCGCCGCGGGCCGCGAGCUGAGUCCCCGAGAGAGACGCCUCCCCCGCCCGCAAGGCUGCCCGGGCCCUCUGAGGCUCCUUUCUCCUCGCCCGCCCCCAGGCUCAACUCCAGUCCUCUAGGGUUAUUGACCUCCCGGGUCCUGCCUGCCCGCCCUCCCACCCCCCUCACUCCUCCUUGACCCAGGCGGCCUGCCGCUUUUUUUCUGCCCUGCCGUUUCCAGCCCUUGGAGCCCCCGUCCCUUCCCCACCUUAGCUCUCCCCCAGGAACACUCCCUUAGCUCUCCCCUUCCUUCACCAGUGGAGUUUUUUAAUUUUUAUUUUAAAAAAUGUUUAGGUGCCUUUGCGGAUGACCUCAUUUUGAUGUUGGGGAAAAAUGAUUUUUUAAUAUGUGGACACUGCAAAAAAUGUGUUUAAAUUAUCUUUUUUAAAACCUAUUCAGGAUUAUUAGCCUGGACUUCGGCAUAGCGUUUGUAAAUAAAGGUGUCUGUGCAGAUUUCCCACUGAUUUAUUUGUAUAAAAAUACUCAUCUUUUCAGACUUUUUUGUAAACCCCCCCACCUGUGAAAACUGCGGUUCAGCAGUGACCUCAGCAACCUCUUUUAUUUUUCCCCUUGAAAAAUUUUCUCAGUUUAACUAAGCUACUGAUUUGGAUUUGUUUUAUUUUGUCCUAAAGUCUUUGUUCUUGAAAGGUAUUUUGGGGUUAUUUAUUAUGAAAACAACAUGCUCUUAAUGUUGAUUUUACACUAUG